UGUGUGCCAGAUUCCUAUGGAGAUGGAAAUGGAGCAGCUCUUAAGUAUGGGUUUCUCAAGUGAAUUAGCAGCACAAGCUCUUGCCGCAACCGGUGGCAAAUCCACCCUCAAAGCCACCGAAUGGAUUCUCUCCCAAAAACCCUCGAAUCCGAAUCCGAACUCGAACUCGAACCCAUCUCCUCCUCCAUUCCAACCCAAACUCGACCGCUUCUUCCAUCUUCACACCAAGCUUUCCCCUUCCCCUUCAUCCCCUGAACCCUCAGCCACCGCCACCGCCCCAAGCAUCCGCACCGUAUACCAAAACGACCCAGAUGAUGAUACCUCCACCCCAUCUCCGCUCCACAACAAACGUCAAAAGUUACAACAUCCCAAACCCAUUUUUCAACUAGGCAAAACUGAUCAAACCCAUGAGCCUUUGUCGGAACGGAUGCGUCCUCGUACCAUAUUCGAAGUAGUCGGUCAAGAUCAUAUUCUGGGUAACAAUUCUCUUCUCCGUUCUGCUAUUGAUCGCAAUAGAAUCCCUUCUAUUAUCUUUUGGGGUCCUCCUGGUUCUGGUAAGACUUCCAUUGCUAAAUCCAUUGUUAAUUCGGCUCAAGAACGGUCUUUGUAUCGAUUUGUAUCGUUAUCUGCUGUUACCAGUGGUGUUAAGGAUGUUAGAGAUGCUGUUGAGGAAGCCAGGAAAAUAAGGGUUAAGAAUAAUAAGAGGACUGUGCUCUUUGUUGAUGAAGUUCAUAGAUUUAAUAAAUCACAACAGGAUUCUUUCUUGCCUGUGAUUGAAGAUGGAAGCAUUGUGUUUAUGGGGGCUACCACAGAGAACCCUUCGUUCCACUUGAUUACUCCAUUGUUGUCUAGGUGUAGGGUUCUUACAUUGAAUCCUUUAAAACCCCAUCAUGUUGAAACACUUUUGAAGAGAGCUGUUAGUGAUCGAGAGAAGGGAUUGUCGCAGAGCGUAGGGAUGACGGUCGAUGUUAAGGAUGAUGCUCUUGAAUUUCUGUCUAUGAAUUGUGAUGGUGAUGCUCGUGUGGCGUUGAUUGCUUUAGAAAUCUCCGCCACCACUGCGGCUGCUCGAGUGGCUGAUAAUCAACUGAAACAAAAAGGGGUAGGAUUAGAGCUGGAUAGGGAUUUUGAGUCGGUGGCGAGUGAGGAAAAUAAGAUCAGUUCAUAUGCAGCAGUUGUUGCAGUGGAUGAUGUUAAAGAGGCACUCCAAUGCAAGCAUCUUGCAUAUGACAGAGCAGGGGACGAACAUUACAAUCUGAUCAGUGCUCUCCACAAGUCAAUGCGAGGAAGUGAUGCAGAUGCAGCAAUUUACUGGUUGGCUAGAAUGCUGGAAGGAGGAGAGGAGCCCCUUUACAUUGCGCGCAGACUAAUAAGGUUCGCUAGUGAGGAUGUUGGAUUGGCUGAUCCAUUAGCCUUAAACCAGGCUGUCUCCUGUUACCAUGCUUGCCAUUUCAUAGGCAUGCCCGAGUGUAAUGUGAUUCUUGCACAAUGUGUUGCUUACUUAGCUUUGGCUCCAAAAUCUAUUGCUGUGUAUCGAGCCAUUGGAGCUGCACAAAAGGUUGUUCUGGAAUCCAUAGGACAGAACGAGGGAGUGCCGCUUCAUUUAAGGAAUGCACCAACCAAGCUUAUGAAGGAACUUGGAUACGGAAAGGAUUAUAUAUAUCCCCCAGAUAACCCAUCUUCAUCGAUUCAGUCAUAUCUACCACCUUCACUUCUAGGGUACAAGUUCCUCGAUUGGCCAAGUCGAAAUUCAACACAACAAUAAGAGUUAUGACAUCAUUUUUGAGUUCUCAAGGUGUUUUUUGUGGAUAUGCCUUUCUAUAGGUAAAGGAAUUCAGAAAUAUGGCAUAUUAUCUUGGAACAUGUUUUCUUUUGACAAAGUGGAAUGUAGUUGACUUCACAAAUGACUAGUCAACCAAACUUUUGUUGAUA